GCGAGCACCUGCGGAUCUGCCCCCAGGGCUACACCUGCUGCACCAGCGAGAUGGAGGAGAAUCUGGCCAACCGCAGCCGCACGGAGCUGGAGACCGCGCUCCUGGACAGCGGCCGCGCCCUGCAGGCCAUGCUGGCCACCCAGCUGCGGGGCUUUGACGGUGCGUGGACGCUGACCCCAUGGGAGCCGGGCGCACGGGGCUGGGGACGGGGCUACCGUGCCAUCUCUGCACCUCUGACGAUGACUCAGAGCAAGCCUUCCCUGGCCACCCAGGGAGGGCUGUACGCGCAGAGCGCCAAGGCCUUCCGGGACCUGUACGCCGACCUGCGCCUCUACUACCGCGGGGCCCACCUGCACCUGGAGGACACGCUGGCCGAGUUCUGGGCCCGGCUGCUCGAACGCCUGUUCAGACAGCUGCACCCUCACCUGCUGCUGCCGGACGAGUACCUGGACUGCCUGGGCAAGCAGGCCGAGGCGCUGCGGCCCUUCGGAGAAGAGCCAGGCCAGGUCUCACUGCGGUCAGGGCGGAGCCAGGGCACCCUGACUUCCGUCCAGAGCCCCCGCCCUGGGGCUUCUGCGGGACUGGGCCCCGCCCAUGAGGUGCUCAGGCUGCCUGGCCCCCAGGUGCCACUGGGCCCCGAGUGCUCGCGGGCCAUCAUGAAGCUGAUGUACUGCGCACACUGCCUGGGGGUGCCCAGCGUCCGGCCGUGCCCCGACUACUGCCUCAACGUGCUCAAGGGCUGCCUGGCCAACCAGGCCGACCUGGACGCCGAGUGGAGGAACCUGCUGGACUCCACGGUGCUCAUCACUGACAAGUUCCGGGGCCCCUCCGGCGCCGAGCGCGUCCUGGGCAGUGUGCACGUGUGGCUGGCGGAGGCCAUCAACACCCUCCGGGACAACAGGGACACGCUCACGGCCAAGGUCAUUCAGGGCUGCGGGAACCCCAAGGUGAACCCCCAGGGCCCUGGGCCCGAGGAGAAGCAGCGCUGGCAGAAGCUGGAGCUGCCGGAGAAGCCGCCCACGGGCGCCCUGGAGAAGCUGGUCUCUGAGGCCAGGGCCCAGCUCCGUGAUGCCCAGGACUUCUGGGUCAGCCUUCCAGGGACACUGUGCAGCGAGAAGAUGUCCAUGAGCAUCGCCAGCGAUGACCGCUGCUGGAACGGGGUGGCCAAGGGCCGGUAUCUCCCUGAGGUGAUGGGUGACGGCCUGGCCAACCAGAUCAACAACCCCGAGGUGGAGGUGGACAUCACCAAGCCCGACAUGACCAUCCGCCAGCAGAUCAUGCAGCUGAAGGUCAUGACCAACCGGCUGCGCAGCGCCUACCACGGCGAGGACGCAGACUUCCAGGACACCAGUGACGAGGGCAGCGGCUCAGGCAGUGGUGACAGCUGCCCCGAUGAUGUCUGCAGCAGGGCUGUCGACAGGAAGAGCUCCAGCUCGCGGACGACUCUGACCCAUGCCCUCCCCGGCCUGUCGGAGCGGGAGGGCCAGGACACCUCGGCUGCCGGCUGUCCCCAGCCCCGCACGGCCCUCCUGCUUCUCCUCCUCGUCCUGGUCCUCUCAGUGGCCGGGCCCCAGUGGCGGUAACUGCCCCCGGCCCCAGGGACCGAGGCCAAGGACUGACUUUGCCAAAACAUGAGACAGACAAUAUUUAAUUCCCUUGGGUGGAGGCCCUGGGGCAGGACAGGGAGGGACAGCGAGAGACCGCUGCUCUGUGAGUGCGCUGGGGGCGGGCCGAGUGGCACUGGACCCCAGGCCUGGCCUUGCCGGUCACCCUGGCUCUUAACUUUGUAUGAGGCCCUCAGGUCAGCUAGAAGCAAUGUCCCCCAAAGCCAUGUGCAUUUCAGGGAUGCUGGGGAUGCUGGUGGCCGCCCGCCUGCCCGUGCUCCCCACGCCCAGCCCCCCACACUCUCACAGAAGCAGUGAGGCCUGGGAGGAGGCGCCGGAACAGCAUCCCGCUGGAGAGUGGGCAGGCCUGUGCCUUCCUCUCCCGCUGGGGGCCAGGGGCCCCCGCCCUGCCGCACCCCGAGAAUCCCUGAGGGCAUCGGGGUCUCCGCCCAUCCGAGAUCUCACGGGGCCUCUGAGAUUAUGCAUGAGCCCUUCCUGUGCAGCCAGGGCCCCCACCCGUCAUGCUGUGGGCCCUGGAGCCCCGUGUCGGUGUGAGCGCCUGUCUGGCGAGGUGGCCCUCCCAGGCCUCGUCUUUGCCACGGGCGAGCGACAGGUGGCCCUGGGUGUGUGGCGAGCUGCAGCCUGCCCAGCCCUGCACCCUGGGCUCCGCGAUCGGUCAUCUGCAGGGUGGGGUCCUGCUCCUGGCCAUCCCAGGAGAGCAGGCCCGGGCCUCUGCAGAGGGGACCCAGGCGUCCCCACACACACGGGGCCAGGUCCGUGGCCUGCACAAGGACUUCCAGCUGUAGGGAGGAGCAGCCUGGCCAUUCUCCUGCCUCCUGUCCCCACCCAGACCGAGAGUCAGGUCCCAGCUCAGGGUGACACAGGCCAGGGCUAGAAGUGGCCUGUGGCUGUCGCCUGGCCACGUGGAUGCUGGGUGAAACUUCAGCUCAGGGCCAGCAAGUCCCGGCACUGCAGGCCAGAGGGACGCCUGGUCCCCUCCUUGGCCCCGCUGGCUGCAGGGAGCCGGGGCCUGUGACAGUUAAGGGCUUUUCCAGGUAUGCAGACGUUCACACGUGCUUCCCAUCCUCGCUCGCCGAGAGCUGCUUUCUCAGCUCCUCCCAGAUAGCUUUAGAGGGACCUGGGCCAGGUCCGCAGCCCGGGAUCCAGGCUCACCCCUGCUCACGCAGGCGCUGGGGAGGGGCUCAGGCAAGGGGCAGGCGGCCCUCGGGGCCCCGGGCCUGCUGAGCCCAGCCUCGCCAGUGCGGCCGAGCAGGCCAUGUAGUGCUGCGUUGCUUUUCCUCAAGGGGUCAGGGAGGCCUCUGGCCGCUGGUCAGAGCCCCUGGCAUGGUCCUCGGGUGUGUGGGGUCCAAGGUUCCCAGCCUCUGCCCCACCAGGCAGCCCAGUCCACAGGCACACCCACCCCAUAAUAACCCUGCUAGCGUCGGGUGGGGGCUGGGCCCGGGCCUCCUCCCCUGUGAGCAAGGGCCAGCUGGACUCUCAGGGACUCUGGGGCGGUGGCCGCCCAUGCGCCAGGACAGCUGUACGGCUCAGGGAUGGCCCGGAGGAGGCCCAUGCUCGGCCCCGCUCUGCGCGCAUCGCUGGACGGGCGGCCCUGCCACGGUCACCAGCUAGGGAGUGACCAGGCCUGCUGCGUCCUGCCGCACAGUGUCAGCGGGCGACGUGUGUUCUGUGAGUCCGCGAAUAAAUAAACGGCUGGAGACCUCG